AUGGAGGAGCAGUUGAUUGCGCCAAGAUGCACGGCCGUCUGCCUCGGCGGAUCAAUGGUGAUGCUCUUGUGCAAGGGCCCCCUGCUGAGGAUCUGGGCCUCGCCUCUCCACUGGAGGUACGCAAAGGAGAUCACCGCUGCCACGGCAUCAAAGGCCACCGGUGGUCGCAGCGCCGGCGACGUGCUCAUCAUCCUCAGCUGCGUGGCCUGGGCCGGAUGGCUGGUUCUCCAGAACAAGACCUCGCAACGGUUCGCAGCGCCUUACAUGAGCACCAUCAUCAUGUCGGUGAUCGUGGGCGUGGACUUCACGGUGGUGAGCGCCGCCGUGGACCGAGGCGCCUCCGUGUGGGAGCUCGGGUCCGGCAUCCGGCUCUACUCCGUCCUCUACAUGGGGAUCGUGGGCCAGGGGGCCACCUUUGUGGUGAUGACAUGGUGCAUUAAGCUGCGUGGCCCACUGUUCCUCUCCAUGUUCAAUCCCGUGGUGUUGGUGGUCUGCGCCGUGCUGGGGUGGGCGUUCCUCGGUGAAAAGAUACACCUCGGUGAUGCGGUCGGAUCGGUGCUUAUCGUGGUCGGCCUCUACCUGGUGCUAUGGGGAAAGGCCAGGGAGGCGCGCGAUCCGCCCCACGUCGAGGAUGGUUGUGGUGCCAGUGUGUGA